AUUACUUUUGUAACUAGUUACUCCCAACACUGCCCAUCACGCCAUUCGGCGCAUAGGGCAGCAACAUCUGAUCAGUUAUGGUGAGUGGCUUGAAAUAAGGCUAGCAACCUUAUUCUGUCAAAAAGUUAUAUGCUACGGAAGUACAUGUACAAAUGUCAAAAUUAAGCUGCUGGUAAUUACCUCAGGAGCCUUGUCUUGAAAGUUUUUUUUUUCUUGAACAAAACCACUCCCCAUGUCAGGUUGGUUUAUAAGGCUGCGCUGUGCUUUAGAGUUGAGCACAAGAAACCCAACCUGAAGAUCCUGAGAGCGUGGCAGCAAGUCUGAAAGAGAUCAUAGGCAAGAUCUUUCUUCAAGAAUGAAACUCUUCAUCAUAAGCCUCAUUUUCACAGCCUGCUAUGCUGUUCCAAUGGAUCUAUCAAGUAAAAUGUUCGUCUUUCCUGAGGAGUCUGCAACUGCUCGUGUUCAGCUCCUGCCAACAGGAACUAACUUCACAUCAGUGACAGUCUGCUUAAGGUUCAUCACUGACCUCACUCGUACCUACAGCCUCUUCUCCAUGGCAAGUAGGGCCAAUAAUAACGACUUCUUGAUCUUCAAAUUAUCAGCCCCUGGCCGUUUUGAAAUGCGUACCCGUGGUGAGAGAGCUAUUUUUGACGGUAUACCCAGUGAGCAGAACACCUGGUACUCAAUGUGCGGCACCUGGGAUGGCAACUCCAGGCUGGUCCAGCUCUGGACCAACGGGUCCCCCAGCACAAAGAAGGUCGGUUUCCAAGGAACUCUGGACAGAGAGCCAUUCAUUGUUCUGGGACAAGAGCAGGACUCUGUGGGUGGGAAGUUUGACGCUGGUCAGUCAUUUGUUGGGAUGAUCACUGAUGUCCACAUGUAUAAUUACGUGCUCUCUCCGUGUGAGAUCCAGGCCUUUACCAAUGACCUCAAUUUCACCCCUGGAAAUGUGAUCAACUGGAGGGCCCUUGAGUUCAUCAGCACUGGCACUGUUGUACUAGACAACAGUCAGAUGAAUGGCUGCUACAGGGGUCAGUCUUGAUUUACUGAUUAGAGAUCUGCUUUGUUGGGAGCCCUGUAGAGGGGCCCCAGUUUUAUAAAUGGAAUCAGCAUUAAAUAGCUGAGUGGUGGGGGGCACUGUAUCUUUACCAUAGGCAGAGUGUGGUUACACAAGUGGAAAAUGACCAUGGCAUUAUGCACUCGUAUCAGUCUAAAUUCAGUCUAAACUUGUAUAAAUUACUUCAUUGCUUAUUACAUAGCUUCAAAGUACAAGGGUGUGGUCUAAAUGCAAUUGCUUGAGUCACUAAAAUAACAGUAAAUAAACGGUGCUAAAUAAGGGACCAUCUGUUUUCUAUAGUAUUUACACCUUUAAUUUCAUCUUUUAAUUUCCCUUUUUUUCUUUGACGUAUUGGAUCUCUUGAUAGACUGGGAAAGUGUUCUGACGGUGGAGAAAUCCUGAUUGAAGAGAGAGAGAAAAAAGCAAAAUAAAAGGCUUAUCUCUGGUGAGCCAACUAUAACACCUGACUGAAGGCAUCUUCUCUUUCAUCAUCUGAAGGACAUACAGUGUAUGUUUGGGCACCCAUAUGACAUCUCAUCAUAAACUGGUGUAAUUUCACGAGACAACCGCAGAGCAAAAUUUGUAUUC